CCAGUCGGUUUUGUGUUUCGAUGUUGCUAUCCUGCGGGGAGGGGUGGGGGAACAAUCCCUAGGCUUUGCCUGGGUGAGGUCAGACUGUCGGUGUGUCCCUUUAAAGGCAAUUCGAGCUGUAAACUUCCGGUCCCGUGGUGUGUGACAGAAGGAAACUGGAUGGAGAGCAGCUUGUUUCCCAGUUUCUCGGUGGGACUGUUUGUGCUGGGAAAAGGCAGUAAUGGACACAGCUAAUAGUGGGCUCCCAAAUACCGGAGGGAGGCAGGGGAAACCGGGUUAUUAGCUGUGCGGAAUACCAAGCAUGUGCAAAGCUAACACUUGUAGGUCUACUGAAAAUAUUAUUGUACAAAGCUGUUGCAUAAUGCAUUGAUCCUGAUGCACAAGUGCCUCUGGACUACAGUUCAUUCUCGUUGGCGGUUCCAAAUCAUUUGCUUCCCUGUUUGCUGCUGUGUGGGGUUUCUUUGCUGCAGCAGCUGCAGGUUUAUUUUGGCUGGAUCUGGGCUCUGUUGUGGCUGAAGCCGGCUGCACGGAUGAGCAUUCAGCCUGCUCCCACAAUCUGCUCCUGGAGCUCCGUGCACCGCCGAUCAUUCAGCAUCCCACACCGCCCCUCAACUCCUGCCAGAGUUCACUUUGGUUCUGAUUCGGAUCUGUUUUUCUAAGAGAGAGAAUGGCUUCUAUCAGCCUGGGACUAAAUUUCUCGCGAAAGAAGAGCUUGGCGAGGAACGCUGCAGUGGAACGGAAAAACCUCAUCACCGUUUGCAGGUUUUCUGUCAAGACUCUAAUUGAUCGCUCCUGUUUUGAGACCAUUGAUGACUCGUGUUCAGAAUUUACAAACUUUGCAGCAAUUCUGGAGCAAGUCCUGAGUCACCGCCUCAAAGGUCAGAUUAAUUGGUUUGGUUACGAAAGCCCUCGAAGCUUCUGGGACUUCAUCCGUGUGGCAUGCAGCAAGGUUCCCCAUAACUGUAUCAGCAGCAUUGAAAACAUGGAAAAUGUGAGCUCAUCAAGGGCAAAGGGUAGAGCGUGGAUCCGAGUUGCGCUCAUGGAGAAGCGUCUGUCUGAGUAUAUCUCUACUUCCCUGAGGGACAUCAAAACGACCAGGAGGUAUUAUGAAGAUGGAGCUAUUGUUCUUGGAGAAGAGGCAAACAUGCUGGCUGGCAUGCUGCUUGGGCUCAAUGCUAUUGAUUUCAGCUUCUGCUUAAAGGGUGAGAGUCUGGAUGGUAAUUGUCCUGCUGUUAUAGACUACACUCCAUAUUUAAAGUUCACACAAAGCUCUGAGAGUAUCAGCAGUGAUGAGGAGGAGUUGCGGACUCUCGGAAGCAGCGGCAGUGAAGGCAGCACCCCUGAGAACAUCGGUCCACCUUUCAUUUCUGACCAACACAGUUGGUACAACAAAUGCAAGCGAGUGGAACAGAAGUUCAGGCUUGCGCUGGAGCAGAAGGGUUACUUGGAAGAAUUGGUACGCCUGCGAGAAGCUCAACUUGCAGAGUCAGUUGCUCAAAACAAACUUGUUCUACAAAGGAUGGAAGAGACUGAUCUGAACCACAAAUUUGAGAAAGAACAACUGGAGUUCAUUAUCCUGGAGCUGCAGGAUCAGCUGGCAGUGUUAAAACAUAAUGAUUUGAGAUCAAGACAAGAAUUAACUGCACACCUCACUAAUCAGUGGCCCUCCCCAGGAGCACUAGACGCAGAUGCUGUUGCUUUGGAUACACUUCUGUAUAGAAAACAGUGUGGACAAUGGGAUGACCACAGUUUUCAAAGUUUGGAGCAGCUCUCUGCAGAGAUUAGUCUUUCUUCAACUUCACUAGAUCCGUUACAUCCACAAAAAGAGGGGGUGGGAAGGCAUGGAAACUCAAAAAGUGAAGGGAAGGAGGACACUCCCUCAUUACUUGGUUUGUGUGGAUCCUUGACUUCCAUGACAAGUUACAAGUCUCUUACAAGCCUCAAGUCAAGUGAAUGCCUUGCAAGUCCCAAUGCUGAGAUUACAAGCCCAGGACUCACCCCAUCUUAGGGAUUAUGUUAUCAGCAAAGCAAGGACAAAGCCAGCACCUUGUGCAAUUAAGUGACUUCCCAAACAUUCAAAUCCUGAAAAGCAUGGAAACUUGACUUGAUAAGUCCAAGCUGAUUUUAUUUAACCAGAAAACCAAUUGAAAGGACACUUGCUACUCAGUGGUAUCUUUAGCAUCUGCAGAAGGCUUUGUCCAUUUGUGCAGAGUGCUUUACUUGGGCAUUUGCUUUGGAACUUAUUCUAGAUAUGCAAAUGUAAUCCAUGCCAGCUUGUGUUGAAAUUUCUUUCCCAUAAAAUGUCUGCUCUAAGAUAUCCUCCUCCUUGUGAAAGAAAACACAAUUCUUGUUGUUUGUGCUGGAGUUACUUUAUAGAAACCUGAGAUACUCGUGAAUUUAUGGAGCAAAGAGGUUGUCAAAUGUGUAAUUCAUUUCAUUGCUUAAAAAGAAAAGCUGCUACUUUUCCUAGAGAAUUUAAAGUGUAAGUAUUCUCUGUUCCUUGUCCUAAUUAAGAUUGCAGACUUCCAGAUGUAUUUCAUUUAGAUGUUGUAUUUAUUCUUUUUUUGGAAUGUCUUCAUCCAGCUUUACAUUGAGUGUCUUUGGAUCAAAGCCAUUUUCCACAGAUCUGCAAGUGAAGGUGAUUCCCUAGUCUUUUUUUUGGCAAUGUUUUUAACUAACUUGAUCCAAGAUGAUGCCUUUAACAUUCUGACCGGGCUUAGAUGUGUGAAGGUGUAAGUUGGAUUUAUGAAAUAAUAUGUGAAAUUUUUAAGUAUCUCUCUUACAUGAGAGUGUAAAUGAUGAGCACAUUUGAUGUUUAAGUGCAGUUGCCAGGACAUUUUGUGUUCAUUAUUUGGGAAUAUGUACUAUUAACAUAAAGUCAGGAACAAACAUUAUAACCUAAUGCACUGGUUCAAGUACUGCACCCAAUAUUGUAAUUGUUCAAUUCCAAUGUCAUUGUAUUGACAAAAUUAUGACCUUUUUCCUGUCCUUAAGAAAUAUUGUGACAGUGUCGUGCAACAAACAACAGCAAAUUUGAAUACGUUAACAGAUGAUGGGUGCAAAUUUUGUUAAGUGAUUUAAAGAGUUAAAAAUAGAACCUUGCCACAAAUACAGAUACAUUCUUGAAAGUAUAGAUUGUGAAAACUAUUGAAUAGUUGUUAAUUGUAACUAACAGGUAGGAAAUUUUCUAAUACUUUACAAUUUUAAAUUGAAGUCUUUGAUCUUGCAUUACAUGUAUGUUUGUAACUGUCGAUUUGUGUGAUGUUUAAAUCUAAUUGGCCUAAAGUCUCAGCAGUCCCUCACUUGUUACUUUGAAUUGUAUAUAUGCAAGAAUAAGUAUUCACAAUGGGUCAUAGUAUACAGGGUCUUUUAUUUAAAAGAAUGUUGAAAUAUAAUCCUCUCUCACUGAUUUUUAGUGUUUACUUUUGAAUACAAUCCCAUUGUAUUUGUAAACCUUUUUUGUUCUAUAUUGAACUAACAUUGAGUUGUUGGUACAAUGUACAUAAUGCAUGAUGAAUCUGUUUACUUUCUGUACCAAUGGGUGUUUACAGGGUCUUUAUUUUAUCUAAUUAAGGGCAAAGUCAAAU